ACUGCUUUUACUGCGCAGUGAAUGAAAAAAUAAAGGGAUUGUGAAAUAGUUUGCCCUGAAAGUUCUUUAGGUAUAGAGUCGCAGAACAUCAAAACAAUGGCCGCGCUGCAGAAAAGUUUCAAUUCUUUGAUCAAAUUACGUCGUGCUCAGAGCGUUCCGGUUGCUCUGUACCACGCAAAUGUGCUCGAUCAUUACGAGAAUCCACGAAACGUUGGAUCGAUGGACAAGAAGGAGAAAAAUGUCGGAACCGGACUCGUCGGUGCUCCGGCUUGCGGUGACGUCAUGAAGCUGCAGAUUCGAGUCGAUGAGAACGGAAAAAUAGUCGAUGCUAAGUUCAAAACUUUCGGCUGUGGAUCGGCAAUCGCCUCGAGCUCGCUGGCCACCGAGUGGGUAAAGGGAAAAACUCUGGAUGAAGCAAAGAAACUAAAAAAUACUGAUAUCGCGAAGGAAUUAUCUCUUCCCCCGGUCAAAUUGCACUGCUCUAUGCUGGCAGAAGAUGCCAUCAAGGCAGCACUGGAAGAUUACAAAAAGAAGCAAGAUAAGAAAUAGAUCGAUGGCUUGCUGGAUUAGCUUUAGAGAAGAGUAAUUUUAAUCUGGUUAUGUAAAAUAGAGUGAUAACAAAACGUUAAAUAUACUGAAUCUUUGUGACAUGAAUGGAAAUAAACAUGAUUGCUAAAAA